AUGUCUCCACAAACAUUCUUUCUCUUUUCACUCCUCCCCCAAGAAAUCCGAUACCAAAUAUAUACCCUCGCAACCGCCUCCCGCGUGCUCCCCAUCUAUGAUAAGCCCUCCCGCACCCACGCGCAUGCCAUCCCCCCACCUCUCCUCCACACCUGUCAAGACUCCCGGCUCUUUCUCAUCUCCAGUGGCUACCGGCUCGCAUUUUCUAGCCCCACGGAGCCCAAGCAGGAACCGCAAUGGUACAAUCCUUCCCUCGACACCGUGCUCGUCGUCGAUCCUGGAUAUUACCCGCCCCGACCUUGGUUGCACACUCGCUUUCUCGACAAAGAUGCGAGGAGUGUGAGGGGUCUGGGUGUACCGGGAUCUUGUUCCGCUGAGCUGGUGCCCACGGAUCAGCUCUGGCGCCGUGUGCUGGAGGUCCUGAGAUUCUUUGGUCGUGUUGAGGAAGUGCAGCUUGUGGAGACGAUGGAAUUCGCUACCUCGUGGCAGGGGUUGGAAACCUCAGCAGGCGUCUUCACGAGUUUUAGGGGGGUGCAGGUGGAUUGGGUGGAGGUGGGGAUUGAGGAGGCGAGGGGCUGGUGGAACGGAGAUGAGUGUGGGGUUGUUUGUGGACGGUAUUGUAGGGCGGUUGGCGAGUGGGUUAGAGAUGGCGGGGAUGAGAUGGUGUAUUUUAGGGAGUUGUAUGGGAGGGCUGAGAAGAUGUUGGAGAGUGUUGGGGGCGGGGAGAAGCAAGAGGGCCGGUGGGUGGUACCUAGGGUGAAGAGUGUGCAUGUCAUGAGUGAGUGGGGUAGGAGGAGGCUCGAGAGGUAUAGAGAGAAGUUUUGGGAGGCGAGAGGGGAGGGGGGGAUGAGGGAUGUGGAGAGGGACAGGCCGUUGAGCCCGUGUACUGUAGUAUUUGCGGAUGACAUUGAGGUGUUUGAGGACCCCUGGAGUGGACUUUGA